UUCCGCCGCAUCUUCUGCCACCGUUCCACGCUCCCUUACCGAUUGACAUGAGACACCAGGAGGGGAGGUACCAUUACGAGCCUCCCUCUGUCCACGGCGUACACGGGCCUCCUGCCCUGAGUGGCAGCCCUGUCAUCUCUGAUAUCUCCUUGAUCCGGCUUUCCCCACACCCUGCUGGCCCUGGGGAGUCUCCCUUCAACGCCCCCCACCCCUACGUGAGCCCCCACAUGGAACAUUACCUUCGUGCCGUGCAUGGCAGCCCCACGCUCCCCACCAUCUCUGCGGCCAGGGGCCUCAGCCCCGCUGACGUGGCCCACGAACACCUUAAGGAGAGGGGACUGUUUGGCCUCCCCGCUCCAGGCACCAACCCCUCAGACUAUUACCACCAGAUGACCCUCAUGGCGGGCCACCCCGCGCCAUAUGGGGACCUGCUGAUGCAGAGCGGGGGUGCUGCCAGUGCACCCCAUCUCCAUGACUACCUCAAUCCAGUGGAUGUGUCACGUUUCUCCAGCCCCCGGGUGACACCCCGCCUGAGCCGCAAGCGGGCGCUGUCCAUCUCCCCGCUCUCGGAUGCCAGCCUCGACCUGCAGCGCAUGAUCCGAACCUCGCCCAACUCGCUGGUGGCCUACAUCAACAACUCGCGCAGCAGCUCGGCCGCCAGCGGCUCCUACGGGCACCUGUCGGCCGGUGCCCUCAGCCCAGCCUUCACCUUCCCCCACCCCAUCAACCCCGUGGCCUACCAGCAGAUCCUGAGCCAGCAGAGGGGCCUGGGCUCCGCUUUUGGACACACACCACCCCUGAUCCAGCCCUCACCCACCUUCCUGGCCCAGCAGCCCAUGGCCCUCGCCUCCAUCAAUGCCACGCCCACCCAGCUCAGUAGCAACAGCAACUGUCUGAGCGAUGCCAACCAGCAGAGCAGUGAGUCAGCUGUGAGCAGCACUGUCAACCCCAUCGUCAUUCACAAGCGCAGCAAGGUCAAGACGGAGGCUGAGGGCUUGCAGCCAGCCUCCCCAUUGACCCUGACACAGGAGCAGCUGGCUGACCUUAAGGAAGACCUGGACAGAGACGACUGUAAGCAGGAGGCCGAGGUGGUCAUCUACGAGACCAAUUGCCACUGGGAAGACUGCACUAAGGAGUAUGACACCCAGGAGCAGCUGGUGCAUCACAUCAACAAUGAACACAUCCAUGGGGAGAAGAAGGAAUUCGUGUGCCGCUGGCAGGCCUGCACACGGGAGCAGAAGCCCUUCAAGGCGCAGUACAUGCUGGUGGUGCACAUGCGCCGGCACACGGGCGAGAAGCCCCACAAGUGCACGUUUGAGGGCUGCUCGAAGGCCUACUCUCGCCUGGAGAACUUGAAGACACACCUUCGGUCCCACACCGGGGAGAAGCCGUAUGUGUGCGAGCACGAGGGGUGCAACAAAGCCUUCUCCAACGCCUCGGACCGCGCCAAGCACCAGAACCGCACCCACUCCAAUGAGAAACCGUACAUCUGCAAGAUCCCAGGCUGCACCAAGAGAUAUACGGACCCCAGUUCUCUCCGGAAGCACGUGAAAACGGUACACGGCCCAGAUGCUCAUGUCACCAAGAAGCAGCGCAAUGACGUGCACCUCCGCGCCCCCCUGCUCAAGGAGAACGGAGACCACGAGGCCAGUGCCGAGCCCAGCAGGGGCUCCGAGGAGAGCGCUGAAGCCAGCAGCACCAGCCAGGCUGUGGAGGACUGCUUGCACGUCAAAGCCAUCAAGACGGAGAGCUCCGGGCUGUGUCAGUCCAGCCCUGGGGCUCAGUCUUCCUGCAGCAGCGAGCCCUCUCCCCUGGGCAGUGCCCCCAACAAUGACAGCGGCGUGGAGAUGCCAGGCACAGGGCCGGGGAGCCUGGCUGACCUGACAGCUCUGGAUGACACGCCGCCAGGGGCUGACGCCUCUGCCCUGGCAGCGCCCUCUGCCGGUGGCCUGCAGCUGCGCAAACACAUGACCACCGUGCACAGGUUCGAGCAGCUCAAGAAGGAGAAGCUCAAGUCGCUCAAGGAUUCCUGCUCAUGGGCGGGGCCGGCUCCACACACCCGGAACUCCAAGCUGCCUCCCCUCCCAGGAAGUGGCUCCAUGUUGGAAAAUUACGGCGGCAGUGGGGGCGGCGGGCCGGCGGGGCUGCUUCCCAACCCACGGCUGUCCGAGCUGUCCGCGAGCGAGGUGACCAUGCUGAGCCACCUGCAGGAGCGCCGCGACAGCUCCACCAGCACGGUCAGCUCGGCCUACACCGUGAGCCGCCGCUCCUCCGGCAUCUCCCCCUACUUCUCCAGCCGCCGCUCCAGCGAGGCCUCGCCCCUGGGCGCCGGCCGCCCGCACAAUGCCAGCUCCGCCGACUCCUACGACCCCAUCUCCACCGACGCGUCGCGGCGCUCGAGCGAGGCCAGCCAGUGCAGCGGCGCCGGCUCGGGGUUGCUCCAGCUCACGCCCGCCCAGCAGUACAGCCUGCGGGCCAAGUACGCGGCCGCCACGGGCGGACCGCCGCCCACGCCGCUGCCCGGCCUGGAGCGCGUGAGCCUGCGGACCAGGCUGGCGCUGCUGGAUGCGCCCGAGCGCGCGCUGCCGGCCACCUGCCCGCACCCGAUCGGGCCACGGCGGGGCAGCGACGGGCCGGCCUACGGCCACGCCGGGCCAGCACCCGCCUUUCCCCACGAGGCGCCGGGCUGCGGGGCGCGGCGGGCCAGUGAUCCAGUGAGGCGGCCCGACACCCUGGCGCCCCCGCGGGUGCAGCGCUUCCACAGCGCCCACAACGUGAACCCGGCCCCCCUGCCACCCUGCACCGAGAGGCGAGGCCUCCGCCUGCAGAGCCACAUGAGCGCCGACGGCGGCCUGGCCCGCGGCGCCUACUCUCCCCGGCCGCCCAGCAUCAGCGAGAAUGUGGCGAUAGAGGCCCUGGCGGCGGGGGCGGACGGGACGGGCCCCGAAGUCAGCCUCGAGCUGCCUGAGGAUGACCUCGUGCUGCCCGAUGACGUGGUGCAGUACAUUAAGGCACAUGCCAGCGGUGCCCUGGAUGAGGGCACCCCGCAGGUAUAUCCCCCGGAAAGCACCUGCUUCUCUGAGAACCCCAAACUGCCCAGCCCAGGGCUGCACGGCCAGCGCAGAAUAGCGGCUGCAGAUUCCAACGUGGGCCCCUCCAACCCUGCGCUGGGCGGCUGCCAGUUGGGCUAUGGUGCUCCCUCCAGCCUGAACAAAAACAGCAUGCCUGUGCAGUGGAAUGAGGUGAGCUCUGGCACCAUGGACGCCCUGACCAGCCAGGUGAAGCCUCCGCAGCCCUUUACACAGGGCAACCUAGCUGUGGUACAGCAGAAACCAGCCUUCAGCCAGUAUCCAGGCUACAGUUCCCAAGGCCUGCAGCCAAGCCCCGGGGGCCUGGACGGCUCGCAGCCACACCUUCAGCCCUGCAGCGGAGCCCCCUCUGCGCCCAGGGUUAAUUAUAUUCAGCAGCUUCGGCAGCCAGGCCCAGGUGGCCAGUGUCCCAGCAUGGCCAUGGCUGUGAGCCCCCACACCAGCUACAGCCAGGCCCACCCCCAGCUGAGCCCCAGUACUAUGGGUGGGGCCCUGAACCAGUUCCCCCGAUCCUGUAACAACAUGGCAGCCAAGCCAGGCCACCUAGGGCUCCCCCAACAAAUGGAGGUUGCUCCUGUCCCCACCAUGAUGGGCAGCAGCCAUAGGGAACUUGGGAUCCCCAGUUCCACCCUGGCUGGGAUGCCACCACCUCACCCAGCCCAGAGCUACCCACAGCAGAGCCAUCACCUGGCAACUGCCAUGGGUCAGGAGGGCUACCGCCAAGGCCCCAACCUCCUGCCUUCCCACCAGCCUGGCUUCAUGGAGCCCCAGCAAGGCACAGUGGGGGUGGCUGGAUCAAGCUUUGGCCUAGUGCAACCCCGGCCACCUCCCGAGCCCAGCCCUGCUGGCCGCCACCGUGGGGUGCGUGCUGGGCAGCAGCUGGCCUAUGCCAGGGCCACUAGUCAUGCCAUGGCUGCAGGGUUAGCCAACCAGGAGACGGCAGAGUCUGUGCCCAAGGGAACAAUGGGCAGCAUGUUGUCACUGCCUCCGCAGCCACCCCCGCAGGACACAGGCGCGGCCCAGGACCACAGCAUGCUCUACUACUAUGGCCAGAUCCACAUGUACGAGCAGAACGGAGGCCUCGAAAACCAGGUAGGCUGCCAGGUCAUGCGGCCCCAGCCACCACAGCCACAGGCCUGCCCGGACAGCAUCCAGCCCCAGCCCUUGCCCUCGCCAGGGGUCAACCAGGUGUCCAGCACUGUGGACUCCCAGCUAUUGGAGGCCCCCCAGAUUGAUUUUGACGCCAUCAUGGAUGAUGGUGAUCACUCCAGCUUGCUCUCAGGCGCCCUGAGCCCCAGCCUCCUGCACAGCCUCUCCCAGAACUCCUCCCGCCUCACCACCCCCCGGAACUCCCUGACGCUGCCCUCCAUCCCCACGGGCAUCAGCAACAUGGCCGUUGGGGACAUGAGCUCCAUGCUUACCAGCCUGGCCGAGGAGAGCAAGUUCCUGAACAUGAUGACCUAAGGCCCCAGCCCCUGGUGCUGAGCGGACCCGGAGGGACCAUCGCUUCCCAGAGGAUGGGGCUUUUGUCCAUUUCAUCUUUUUCCAAAAAAGUAUUAAAUAGGUCUGAGGGAGUUUGGCCAGUGGCUGGUUCAGGCCACAGAUGCUUUAAAGGCAUGUUCAUGUGCCUCCUAUCUGGUCUUCUUGUAGAUUAUUUUUCAGAAUACUGGAAAAAGUCUCAAUGGGAAAGUCAAGGCAGGAAUGAAAAACUCGUUUACACAGUGCUUCCCAGCCUUUGAUGUUUAUAGGACCACUCUGUUCUGGCUUCGUCACCGCUGUCAUUUGGCUAAUGAAGGACUGCAUUGGCCAAGGGCCUUCCAAGUCCAUGAAGAAAGAGGGGAGAGGAACCACAUAUGGGUUUGAAUCUGAAAGCCAUACUGGAGAUGCUAAUCCAGGAAGAGAAGCUUCUUAUUCUGGAGCCUGCGAGUUAAAGGAAUUCCUGGCCCACUGGAAUUUCUUCUAUGAAGCUUAAUUCUUGAGGCCUUUAACACUUCUCUUGCCAUGGAGGGGGGAAAAAAAGAUUUUCCCUGGAUGAUUUGGAAGAGGACAUCCUGAUUCCAGGUUUGGUAGAGCUGGCAUCUCUACCCCGCAAAGCCAAGUUUGCAGACUGUCCAAGUGUAUGUGAAGGAAGAAAGUAUGGAAGUAUUGCCCCAAAAAGGAAAGAAAAAAGUGUAUCAUCCUCAGGGCAAGCCCAGAAGUUGCCCUGGCCUAUCCAGACCAUGUUUACAGUAUUCAUGCGUGUAGAAUGUAGCCCUUCCUGAAAAGAACACGUUUCUAAAUACCUCGGGGCUGCUGGAGCUGCUGUGGGUUAGGGAUGGACCCAGGUGAGCUGAAUCGGCGUGGGCUGGGGCCUUAAUAAAGUGAGUUGGGCAUCUAGGUUCCAGCCUCCGGCCUCCCUAGAAGUCUCCCAGUAGGAAGAGGAAGUUGCAUGUUUACCCAACCCUGCACUCUCCACCCACUCAACCUUGGAAAACCCUGGGGCUUGAUGGCAGCUUCUACCCAAGUUCCUCCAGGCCAUGCUGUCUGCUCAUCGGCAGCCCAGCGGUCUACCCCAAGCCACAACAUGCAGGCCUCGUAUCUUCUGGAUUCCUUUGCCUCUGCCCUCCUGUUCAUUUCACAGAGAACAAUGGCAUGCAUGAUGUUUUG